AUAAACACAAUAAAAAAAAAUCAAUUCUCUUCCAACGAAUACCCGCCUAUUGUUACCUGAUUAUUGGUGAAGGUGCCAUGAUCAUUUUUCUGGGAUUUUCUUGUACCAUUCAAGUUUAUGAAUUUGAAUAUUAUCAGUAAAACAAUGCAUGCAUUAGUGUACAAGUAUAUUGUAUAGCCACAGAAAGAGGAGAGACUGAUACAGAGCCUGUAGUGUGACGGAGAUUGUUUAUGAUCUUGUGUACAAAAAAAUACAGCAAAAUACAAGGAUUGAACUACUUGACACUUGUGACAUCCUGAAGGAAGACAUGUCCUAGCUUUGAUAACGGCAAUGAUUAAGGUGAAUGUGUGUGUUCCUCUGAUUGGAAUUCUGUGUUUCAUCACCAUUGAAACAAUUGAAGCUGCUAAAUGUUUACAAGAUGCACAACGUCUAUGUCAAGAGGAAUCAGCAGGGCUGAUAGAUGCCGGACGCAAACAGAGAGGAGUAUGUAGUGCUUAUGCAGACUAUGAAGAUUGUAUAAGAACCUCCAUUGGAAAGUUGAGAUGUCGUCUGUUACCGUCCGAAGCAGAGCUUCAUGAAACAGACAUCACCAACGUCUACACCAAAUAUCCAUACCAGUGUACCAAGACACAGAAUGGUUGGAUUGCAGCAUUGACCGCACGAUCCUCUGCCCCUGGACUUCUAUCCAACCCCCUUCCCUGGUUUCUCCUUGCUAUCAGUUCCUGGCUAUGACCAAGAAUCAAUCCAGCUCCAACUUACUCCAUAUCGGUCAAACAAGUGUUUAAUUUUACUUAUUAAAAAGUUUGAAUGAUGAAAU